UCGUACCAGUGUGGGUCAGUGUGAUUAAGAUUAUGGCAUAUAGUGGUUUAGCCCCAGCCAGCCGCUCCUCACUCCCUCGCCAGUGGGACUGGGGAGGGAAGGGUAAAAAGGUAGAAAACUCGGGGGCUGAGAUAAAGAGAGUUUUAUAGGUAAAUCAGAAGCUGUGCAGACAAGCGGAGCAAACCAAGGAGUUAACUCGCUACUUCUCACGGGCAGGCAGGAGCUCAGCCAUCUUCAAAGGGCCCCAUGGCAGGUUGAUCAACUCCAAAAUGUUAUCUCAAAAUCUGCGCCAAGUUUGCAAAUGUUUGUUUCUGCAUAACUUGAAACUGAAUUCAGUAAAUGUGGCUGUUUUGGCCAGAAGGAUCUAUUCUUCAUCAGAAAAGCUUUCUGACUGUGAGUCAAAGGAACAAACUGUCCAGAAAUGUGAAACUGAAGAGAUGCCUCAAAGUACAGAAAACAGUAAUUUUGGAAGACUGCACAUACCAGUGAUGCUGGAGGAGGUUGUUAAUUGUUUAGCCCCUCAGCCAGGUCAGCGCUUCCUUGAUAUGACGUUUGGAGCUGGUGGUCACACAACAGCUCUUCUGGAGAAAGCCAACAACAUCACUGUGUAUGCACUAGACAGGGAUCCCACAGCUUAUAAAAUAGCUCAGCAGCUUUCAGAAGCUUACCCGAAACAGAUUCAACCUCUUCUAGGACAGUUUAGCCAGUUAGAGGCUUUGUUAAUCUCCUCUGGGGUUGAGCAAGGGACUCUGGAUGGUGUUCUCCUGGAUGUUGGCUGUUCUUCUAUGCAGUUUGAUACACCUGAAAGAGGUUUUUCCCUGCAGAAGGAUGGACCUUUGGACAUGAGGAUGGACUGUGACAGGUACCCUGACAUGCCCACUGCUGCUGAUGUUGUGAACGCUUUAGAUCAACAGGCGCUUGCGUCCAUCCUGAGAACGUACGGGGAGGAGAGGCACGCUAGGAAAAUCGCUUCAGCCAUCGUUCAGGCACGCAGCAUAUACCCCAUCACCAGAACUCAGCAGCUGGCAAGCAUUGUUGCAGGUGCUUUUCCAGCCUCAGCACUCUAUGCACGAAGGGACCUUCUUCACAGACCUGUGCACGUGGCUACUAAAACUUUCCAAGGCCUGCGAAUAUUUGUAAAUGAUGAGCUCCAUGAACUCUUCAUAGGACUGAGGACAGCUGAGAAGUUUCUAAAACCAGGAGGUCGCCUCGUAGCCCUCUCCUUUCAUUCGCUAGAAGAUCGUAUUGUCAAACGUUUUCUUCAUGGAAUUGACAUGACGGAGAAGUACAGUCUUGGCUCAAAGCAGAAGAUAAGACAGGCUCUGAAAAAUUCCUCCAGAGGAGAAGAUGCACGAGAAUCUCCCCAUGGAAAAUCCAACUCAAAGUGGAUUUUGAUACAGAAAAAAGUCCUCACACCCCAGGCCAAGGAUAUUCAAACAAACCCAAGAGGAAGGUCGGCCAAACUAAGGGCUGCUAUUAAACUCUAAAGAAAAAUACAUGAUUACAUGAUUGUAUAAUUUUCUUAGAUUCUGUUUUCCAGAAUGCUAACUGGGCAGAUAGUAUCAAACUGAAAAAAUAAAAUGAAGGUUAUUGGAGAAUA